GUGUUGUUUCGGAUGAAGGACAGCCACUUCGUGCAAUGAUCGAAACUGCUCUGAGAAGUCCACUUUAACGAUCUUAGCGACGGCUGAAGCGAGAGCAGGCGAGGGCGGUGUAAUUCUGCAGUGAAAUGUCAUCACGAAGCGACUGCUGUUGUUGGAGUGAAAAGUAUCAUUUUCCGCCAUCCCUCUAUGGCUGAGAGGAAAGGCAGUCGGCCUAUUAAUCUUCGUAUAUUCGCCGGUCAACUGUUGGCCGCUGUGCAGUCCACUGUGGUUUCAGUAGCAGAGAGCGCCACCACUCGCCAAGUUCUGAAAUUAACGCUUGGGAAUCUCGAAAUUAAAGACAAACCGGACAAUUUUGAAUUGGUUGAGGUUUGUUACCGAGACAGUGUUCUGGAUCACGAGAGCGAGAGAGUUCUAAGCGUCUCAGAUCGUCCCGUCCAAGUUCAACAGAGCUGGAAGAGCUUGCCACCGAGGGCUAGAAGCUCUUACCGGCUUUUUAUCAGAGAAAAAAGCUUCACGAACGACGAUACGAAACCAGAACUACUCAGACUUCACUGGAUGGAUUGCCACGAAAGUGUAAGAAAGAGGCAAGAGUUAGACUUCGACCUUGAAUCUAAACUUCCGGAUGACGACCUAUGUCGAUUACCAACGUUAUCAGAGCAAACUUUGCUCGAGCAUUUGGAGGGAAGAUUUUCCCAGGGACGGAUUUAUACCUACGUGGGAGAAAUUCUCAUAGCUGUGAACCCUUUUCGAUUUUUUCCUAUGUACAACCCAAAGUUUAUCAACGCUUACAACAACCGGAACUUGGGGUCGCUUCCUCCUCAUAUUUUCGCUAUUGCCGAUGUGGCGUUCCAUCGCAUGUUGCGAGAGAAGAAAAGUCAAUGUGUAGUUAUUAGCGGUGAAAGUGGAUCUGGAAAAACAGAAAGCACAAAACUCUUAGUCCAUCACUUGACGGCUUUGGGUUUAAAAACGCAAGCUUCGUCCGUAGAAAAAACUAUUCUCGGUGUUGGGCCGGUUCUUGAGGCUUUUGGAAAUGCUAGCACUGCAUAUAACAACAAUUCAAGCAGGUUUGGGAAAUUUACACAAAUCCACUUCAGGCAGGAUGGUGCUGUAUGUGGAGCUGCGCUUAGGAAAUAUUUGUUGGAAAAGUCAAGAAUUGUUUCCCAAGCUCCGGAAGAAAGGAAUUAUCAUGUGUUUUACUAUUUACUUGCUGGAACAAGUCCUGAGGAAAAAGAGGAGCUCCACCUCACAAAACCAGAGGAGUAUUGUUACCUUAAUCAGGUAAGCACUAACCAGCGGGCCUGGAAAGAAAUUUGUGUCAGAUUAGCAUGCACCAAGUGGAUUCUGCAGUCAUGCUGGUUGACUCUGUUGGCCAAGUAAAGAUUUUUUAGCGGUAAAACUUGGGAAAAUUCAAAUUCAGAAAUACCCUAAGAGAUCAAAUUAAGAUUGUCAUAGGUUUUUUAAUAAAUACUACUGACAAAAUUACUUGAUUCUGAUUGGUUAAGUGGAGUGCAGUUCAAGUCAGAAAAAAAAAUUAUAAUGAAGAUUUCUGAAGUUAGCAUGAAGACACUAAAAGACUACAGAGAGUCAUCUGAGGUGUUUCAAAGGUGUUUGAAGUUUACCGAAAGCCUUCUCACUUCUACUUCAGUCAUUUAAUUCUGAACACUUCUGGAGAUUGCCUGAACCCUUCUGAAGAUUUAUGAAUAUCACCUGACCAUUAUCAGACAUCUCUCAUGAUCACCCUAAUCCUAUAAAGAUUUCGAAAGAAUCCUGAAGGUCAACCAUAGAUUGCCAAUUAAGAUUUACCAAGUGACAUUACUAGAAGUUUCCAAAUAUUUUUGGACAAUUUUGAAGAUAUUAGGAAGGCUGAGGGCUGAUUUACACGGUACGAUUUUGUCGCAUCCGACAAGCUUACAACAGUUUCAUGUACAUCAAACCUACAACUUGCUUAUGACUGUCGUGUAUGUCAAAAAAAUGUCGUAGGAUUUUAAAACAUGUUUUAAAACGCUGCGACAAUCAUAGUUGAAAUCUACAGAAAAUGACAUAUUUUG